UGUUGGAUCACGAGCAGAGGCUAUGCUCACGGUUCUGUAAGCUUCGUGGGACGACAAUGCAAAACUGACGCGUUUUCUGAACGAAAUAAACAUCUGGAACUUUUGACAACGGGAGCGGUCUAUGAGCCGCGAUCUACGGGAACUGCGGUUGCACAUUAGAGCUAUAUUUCUAGGAUUAUUCGGUGAACACGACCACCAGCGUCAAAGAUGAACGUCAACACGGCAGUCAAGCAGUACAUUUCCAAAAUGAUUGAGAACAGCGGGCCGGGUAUGAAGGUCUUGCUCAUGGAUAAAGAAACGACCAGCAUCGUGAGCGUGGUCUACACGCAGUCGGAGAUUCUGCAGAGAGAGGUCUACCUGUUCGAGCGGAUCGACUCACAGAACAGAGACACGAUGAAGCACCUAAAAGCCAUCUGUUUCUUACGCCCGACCAAGGAGAAUGUGGAGAAUCUGAUCCAGGAGCUCCGUCGACCCAAGUACAGCGUCUACUUCAUCUACUUCAGCAACGUCAUCAGCAAGAGCGAGGUGAAGGCCCUGGCCGAGGCAGACGAACAGGAAGUGGUGGCGGAAGUGCAGGAGUUCUAUGGAGACUUCAUCGCCGUGAACCCCCACCUCUUCUCCCUGAACCUCACCGGCGUGACCAGGGGCCGUAGCUGGGAGCCCACCCUGCUCCAGCGCUCCACUCAGGGUCUGACGUCAGUCCUGCUGGCGCUGAAGAAGUGCCCCAUGAUCCGCUACCAGCUGUCCUCCGACAUGGCCAAGAGGCUGGCCGAGAGCGUCAAGCAAAUCAUCACGAAGGAGUACGAGCUGUUUGAGUUCAGGAAGACCGAGGUGCCCCCCCUCCUGCUCAUUGUGGACCGCAGUGACGACGCGAUCACCCCGCUCCUCAACCAGUGGACGUACCAGGCCAUGGUGCAUGAGCUGCUGGGCCUGAACAACAACCGCAUCGAUCUGUCCCGCGUGCCAGGCGUCAGCAAGGACCUGCGGGAGGUGGUGCUGUCCGCUGACAACGACGAAUUCUACGCCAAGAACCUGUACCUGAACUUCGGGGAGAUCGGCACCAACAUUAAGAACCUGAUGGAGGACUUCCAGAAGAAGAAACCCAAAGGCCAGCAGAAGCUGGAGUCCAUCUCCGACAUGAAGGCGUUUGUGGAUAACUACCCCCAGUUUAAGAAGAUGUCGGGCACGGUGUCGAAGCACGUGACAGUGGUGGGGGAGCUGUCGAGGCUGGUCAGCGACCGGCUCCUGAUGGAGGUGUCCGAGGUGGAGCAGGAGCUGGCCUGCCAGAACGACCACUCCAACGCCCACCAGAGCGUGCGCAGGAUGCUGCAGAACCCGCGGGUGAAUGAGCUGGACGCGGUGCGGCUGGUGAUGCUGUACGCUCUGCGCUACGAGAAGCACAGCUGCAGCAGCCUGCCCGGCCUGCUGGAGGACCUGAGCAGGAAGGGCGUGUCCGAGCGCCACCGCAGGAUGGUGCAGUCCAUGGUGGAGUACGGGGGGAAACGGGUCAGAGGAAGUGACCUCAUCAGUCCAACAGAUGCCGUGGCGAUCACCAAACAGUUCUUCAAGGGGCUGAAGGGUGUGGAGAACGUGUACACACAGCACCAGCCCUUGCUGCAGGAGACUCUGGAUCAGCUGAUUAAAGGUCGUCUGAAGGACAGCCAGUUCCCCUACCUGGGCCCCAGCACACUGAGAGACAGGCCCCAGGACAUCAUCGUGUUCAUCAUCGGGGGCGCCACCUACGAAGAGGCCCUGACCGUGUACAACCUGAACCAGAACACGCCGGGGGUCCGAAUCGUUCUAGGAGGCACCACCGUCCACAACACCAAGAGCUUCCUGGAGGAAGUGGCGGCGGUGAGCUCGGGGCACGGCGGGGAGCGGUCACUGGGGGCGGGGCGGUACCCUAGCCGGCGCUAAGACGGGAUCUUCCGGAACCUUCCCCCCCUGUCCCGGAGACGCCCGCCCCCACUCUGUUCCACCCUCCCUAUCCCACAGGCCCCGGCCGCAAACAUUCCUUCGUCGGACUGCUCCCAUGAUCCUCUGCUUCGGACGGGUUGAUGUGUUCGAUUCCCGCGUCGGGUGACCUGCUGGUUCGCCCCACCUCCUGUUUUAGGGACAGGUGUUGUCAAACCCACCCCUCUCCUCCCCCGCCCCUCUCCUCCUCCGCCCCUUAAAAAUAACCUGACUACUGCUGUCCACAUCUCACAUUGUGAGAGUGUGAGUUCUGUCUCCAUCUGGCAACCCCUUCGAUGAUGGCUACACCGCCUCAUCGCAAAUGAGCUAGACCACUACAUCAGUCAUGUAUGUCCCUAUGUUGUGUGCAUCUCUCUCUCCCCCUCUCCCUCUCUCCCUCUCUCUCUCUCUGUUCUGUUAUCAGUCCGUAAGGCACGGCUGUUCAGCGUGUUUCUGUGUGUGACCCCGAUGCCUGUGUCAGAGCUGUCUUUAGUUGUGCGGCUCUGGAGCUCUGCGUUACAGCACGGCCACGCGGAGAGGCAGAGAUCAUGUUCUGGGUGAAUACGGUGUCUGUGCAUACCGAGGACUGAACAGGAGCGGUUUAUAGUGGCUGUGACCACUUUGGUGGCCUUUUCGCUGAUUGGCGCUCCAACGCGUUGCCGCGGCGACUUGUGGGAGCCGUUGGCUCGGUCAGUGAGUGACUGUGUGAGGGAAGUUUAUUUAUUUUUUUGGUCAGAUUCACAUUUAUCACAUUUAUCAAGUUUUCAGCUGGGCGAGCGGGUUGCCAGAUCACACUGACCCGUCAAAUAGGGAGCAUGAGAGAUUUGACUCCGGAGCCUCUGGACGGAGAACCGCCCCCGCCCGCACCCACCCUCAAAAACACUCCACAGACCUCUGGACGCAGAACCCCCCCCCCCCCCCCCCCCCACAGACGUCUGUCUUUGAGACCGCAAGCUGUCUCCGUAGAGUUCCUCUUUCACAUGAGAUCACGAGGAGAACCCCUCGAGUGUGUCUCGAGCGCCGUGUCGAGACUAGACUGCGUCGGUGUCGUAACUCCGCUCCAUGACCUGGCAACCUGUUUCGUCCAUCAGCAGUCAGGGCAAAAGGCCUCGAUCCCACCCUCAGUAAAGCUAACAGACUGAACUUUCCCCGUUUCGUUUGUGGGCGUCUUGGCUACACACAGGAAUUCAAAUUGGGCCCAUUUUAAUUCCUGGUGUGGGGAAGAUUAAAAAGAAAAGACUUGUAAAUGCCAGUGUAAACCAAAUAGGGACGCACCCUCUCCCCCUCAUAACGCAUACGCACAAACACACGCACACACACACACACACACGCACACACAUUGAGUGUUUGAAGGUGGGUGGGGCUGUGCUUUGGUGUGUCCUUGUUUUUUCCGCCGAGUCCCCCCCCCCCCCCGCUCAGGAUUGUGGGAUUGCGGUUCCUCCAGACUGCGGUGGUGGCUGUGUUGUUUGUGCAGUUUUUUGGAAACGAGGGCGUCGAGCACUCUGUUUUUAUUUCUCCUCGCUGGGGGGCGGGGGAAUAAUAAUAAUUCUGCAGGAUUUUCAAACAGGCAAGUGGGGGAAUUCUGGGAAAUGGAGUAUUAAACGUCCCUUAGCUCUCUCUGAGUGGAAGGUUGCGUCAGUUGUGCUUGAAAUCUUCCUUCACACAGAACUAAAGUACAGGAUGUGCUUUGAGACAUUGAGGCGUCCAGGUUUGCAUUAAUGAAACGCAUGAAACUCACACGUCAUCUGCUUUUCUUUUCUGACUCUCUAUACACACCUUGGGUUGUGUGUGUGAGUGUGUGAGUGAGUGAGAGUGCGAGUAUGAGCGUGUGUGUGUGUGUGUGUGUGUGUGUGUGUGUGUGUGUGUGUGUGUGUGUUUUUAUGUAACACUGUUUCACUCUGUUUCAUCACUGCUUACUGUACAGUGUUUGUAAACGCUGUCUAAAAAAAUAAAUAAAAAUAAAAAAAGACCAACUUAUAGUGACUGUAAAUGUUUUCUGGACAACUACUAAUAAAUGAUGAUUGUUAA